UCUCCAGACCCCAGAAGGGAAAGUAAAGGUAUCUACAGCGCCCAGUUAUAGUCCAGGUUGAGGAAACGGCUAUUUUUCAGCUUUUCUGGAGGAAUGCAAAGUUCUCUUUCCUUAAGACAAAUGAGCAUUCCAAAAGGUUUGGGCUACCUGACCCUUAUGGCACCAAGAAACCUCUUGUAUAUGAGAAGUAACUUUCUUUUUGGUUCAAGACGUUGGAUGAUCCGAUUUUCAGCAGAAAUCCUCUUUAAAUCAGUUUCAUUUAGGCUUUUCAGAAUGAAAUGUGAUAAUGCAGACAGUGAACCUUUGGAAAAUGAAGAACUGCUGAAUAACUUACUUAGUAUGGGAGUAGAUGUUGACAUGGCAAAGAAACGACAGCCUGGAGUUUUUAAUAGGAGAGGUACUAAUGAGCAGAACCUGAAGGCAUUCCUUCUGUCUAAAGGAGCUAGCAAAGAAGUGAUUGCUAGCAUCAUAUCAAGAUAUCCACGAGCCAUGACACGCACACCUGAAAGUCUUUCAAAUCGGUGGGAUCUGUGGAGAAGAAUUGUGACAUCAGACCUUGAAAUUGUAGCUGUUUUGGAACGUUCUCCUGAAUCCUUUUUUCGGUCCAGUAACAACCUAAACUUAGAGAAAAAUAUAGAGUUCCUCUACUCAGUUGGAUUGACCCGUAAAUGCCUUUGUCGAUUGUUGACCAGUGCCCCGCGUACCUUCUCCAAUAGUCUUGAGCUGAAUAAACAGAUGGUUGAAUUUUUGCAAGAAGUCUGUUUGUCUUUGGGUCACAAUGAUCCCACAGGUUUUGUCAGGAAGAUAAUUUUAAAAAACCCUUUCAUCUUAAUUCAGAGCACCAAACGGGUAAAAACUAAUAUUGAAUUUUUACAGUCAGCUUUCAACUUGAACAAUGAGCAGCUGCUUGUUUUGAUACAUGGUCCAGGAGCUAAAAUCCUAGACCUUUCCAAUGACUGUAUGAGAAGAAACUACACAAAUAUCAAAGAAAGACUGUUUUCUCUUGGGUGUACUGCAGAAGAGAUACGGAAGUUUGUUUUAAGCUGUCCAGAUGUGAUCUUCUUGGGAGAGAAAAAGUUUAGUGAUAAAAUAGACUGCCUCAUAGAAGAAAAAAUUAGCAUUUCACAAAUAAUUGAAAAUCCUCAGAUUUUGGAUUCAAGCAUAAGCACUUUAAAAAGUCGAAUCAAAGAAUUGGUAAAUGCUGGCUAUAACUUGAGUACGUCAAACAUCAGUCUUCUGUCUUGGAGUCAAAAAAGAUAUAACGCUAAAUUGAAAAAGUUAAACACUGGACGGAAUGUUGUUCUGGGGAAUUAAGCAAAAGUCAGUCUUAUAAUGUAGUGACAUAAUUUCAUUUUGAACUUGGACCUUUCAAAAAGGAGGUUUGCUUUCUUAACCACAUAUACGUAUAUAAUGUUUCUUUGGAUAUUUUAGUUUAAAGGUUCAUAAAAACUCAUGGUCGGGCUUCCCUGGUGGCGCAGUGGUUGAGAGUCCGCCUGCCGAUGCAGGGGACGUGGGUUCGUGCCCCGGUCCUGGAAGAUCCCACGUGCUGCGGAGCGGCUGGGCCCGUGAGCCAUGGCCUCUGAGCCUGCGUGUCCGGAGCCUGUGCUCCGCAACGGGAGAGGCCACAACAGUGAAAGGCCGGCGUACCGCAAAAAAAAAACCCCAAAAGACUCAUGGUCAUUAUGCCCUGGUAUAGUCUUCCCAGCUACCUUUUCUGUAGUUUGAACUAGUACAACACCCAAUUUUAUGAUACAGGCUGUGGCUUUUGUAUGAAUGGUAGUUGAUGAGUGCUAUGGCAGAACAAUGUGUAAAAAGAAAGUACAAAAUAAGCUUUUUUGGUUUCUGUUCAGAUUUGAAAAUUGACAGAUUCAUUUAGAUAGUUCUAUUUCCUAUCAUGGUUUUGAAUGGCAACCUAUUUCUCCUAUUAUUCCAUGUAUCUAAUUACGGUUCAUCUUCAAAAUAGAGUGUCAGUAAGAAUAUGACAACAAAAAGGAGGAAUUUUUCAUCCCAAAUUCGACGUGCUCUAUUUAAACCAUUAGUAUGCCCCACCACUCCUCCAGUUUAGGCUCAAUUUACUAUGGGUAUAUCCUGAUUUCUUUGAAGAUAAGAGCAACUGUGAUAGGCAGAAUAAUGGUUACCCAAAGAUAGCAAUGUCUUAAUUCCCAGAACCUGUGGAUAUGUUUCGUUACAUUAUAAAAGGACUUUGCAGAUGUGAUUAAGUUAAGGACCUUAAUUUGAGGUCCUGAGUUGGGGAGGUUUUCCUGGAUUAUCUGGGUGAGCCCAGUAUAAUCAUAAGGGUCCUUAAAAGUGGAAGAGGGAGGUAAAAGAAGAGGUCAGAGUGAUGCAGUGUAAGGAGGACUUGACCCACUUUUACUGGCUUUGAAGGAGGAAGUGGACAUGAACCAAGGAAUGCAGGUAGCCUCUAGAAAAUGAAAAAGGCAAGGAAGCAUUCCUCCCUAGUGCCUCAGAAAGGAACGCAGCCGCGCUGAGACCUUGAAUUUAGCCCAGUGAGACCCAUGUCAGACUUCAGACCUACAGAACCAAAAGAUAAUAAACUGGUGUUGUCUUAAGCCACUGAGUUUGUGAUAAUUUGUUACAGCAGCAAACAGACUGAUAUAACAACUAAAUAGAUGAUUAGUUGCAUUUUAGAUGAAAAAGUGUACCUUUAGUAUAGUAUCUGUAUUUCUUCCUCUUAUACUUCUUUUAUCCACCUAUCUUUCUGGAAUGGCUAAUAAGUUAGUGUUUGUAGUUUCCUCUAAAUGUAUGGAUAAAAAACUAAAUGUAAGUAAUAAAAUCUAAAUAAAGGAAUACUUUUUCCUAA